CGCGCAUGUUAACUGACAACUUGGAAAGGAAGAUUAAACUUUGGGCGAAAGGGAGUACUCGGUACGCUCCAUCAUCAGAAAGGGUCACGGGCCAGGUUACAGAUGUCUCAGUUCAUGGAAAGGCCACUCGUUAAAAUGUCUUUGUUUCUGUUGGUUUAUGGAUGUGGGUGCUGGUACUCGGGGAAUGCCUUGGCCUUCAGGGGCGCACUGAGGGGCGACCCAUUGGGGCCGUCCAGGGGCGUGGUAUGUAAAUGAAGAUGGGAGUGUUUUUCGGAUAUAUUACUUGUAAUUUGCAUACACAAUCAAGAAAAAGCUGGCAGAGGCUAUCUUUGGGGCGUUUUGCAUGCAGGAGACACGAUUGGCUGUGUUGCUCAUUGUUCCAAUGACCCCCGAUCAGAAGCAGAUAUUCUCAAACAGAUGGGCGACAGUGAAUUUCUCAGCUGUUUUUGCCCAUGCCACCAAAUAUAUGCGCAGCGUGAUGCCAGUUUCAUCAUUUCUAGAAUUCGCCGUGAAAAAAAGUGAUUUUUGUUUUUUAUUUUAUUUUUUUGGAGUGAGAACUUUCAUUGCUUUGUUACGAUAAUGUCAGAGCUACGUGCACAAUUCUUGCUGAUGCGUGAAGGUGAUCUUGGCGAUUUAGUUCUUUUGGUGGCUAGAAUUGUCAAUAGUGCAGCUAAAGUAUACAGAUAGAUCAUUUGUUCGUCCCAUGAGGGAAAUUAAAUUUGGGAAAGAGGCAGGGCAAAACAACAAAACAAAAUAACCCCCCCCUAAUGUUAUUGAAAAAUGUCCACUCAGAGAGUUGCCUUUAACACACUCAGAGAGUUGCCUUCAACAAAGAGGUGCUUUACUUGUCGCUUGGGAACUGUACAGGCCAGCGUAACUGUAACGUCGACACGUUCUUCUUUCAAAUGCACUCGGUCGGUUGCUAUGGUAACCCGAUAGCAGCUCUUUACUGCAUGUCGAACUGCUGUCGUAAAGUUCAAUGCAUAUACUGUCGUCCUUACAUGACAUGUCCCCCUUUUUUUCUGUUGUUUUGUUCAUAACAUUUUAUAACAACACAAAAUUGCUUUCCUCAGCGCAAAAAUAUCUUAACUUGUUGAAUAUACAAACAGCAACACAAUCAGCGAGUGAUUGUGCUGGGGUGCCGGCGAGGUAGACCCUUGUGAGGAUAAAGCCAACCGGAAAAUGGAUGGAUGGAUGUUCGAAGAAAUCAUCCAUUUUUUUCGAUGACACUCUAAGACCGUUCACUUUGUCACAGGUAACACAAAGAUUAGAUUUUUUUGUUUGUUUGUUUUCUUCUAAAUAUUUUGAACAGCUCAUAAACCUCCAACAUGGUGACUGUUUAACAGGAGAGGAAAGGUAAAAAAAAAACAACAAAAAAGCCCGUCAACGUGUUCGGUGGUGGCUUCAAAAACUGCUUUACAUCAACCGUGAAAGUGUCAUCGUCUCCGUUGGUUCGUUACAAUGGCGGGCCUGGAAUUUGGCGCCUUGCACACCUUUUUUUUUUUCUUUUUGCCUGACGUAUUAGAUUUCCCGUUUUGUUGGCAGUCCUUGAAAGCACCUUGUGCUGAGUCAAAAGUGAAAGUGAAACUCUCUUUCCCAAAGUACCUCUGAUAUCAUCUUCCUUUUCUUCGAUGCCCGUCUUCCCGAACGUUUAUUAUGGUGUGUAAAAAACAAACGAUACGUUUAAUGACAUUUCGCCGCUGGUGUCAAGUGCUCGUGCUCAUCGCCCAUGUGUCACAUGUCAGUUUGUACCAGGGGCGAAGCUGUGGUUGCCCGGAAAAGAACUGGAUAAACAGGAUGAAAAGUGAUCGGUAGGUCGAUGAGAAGUUCUGGCUAACGGCCCUUCCCACACAGCAGCACUACGUGGGACUAAAACAAAACAAAAUCAUCUUUUUUUUAAAAUGUUUUUAAAUUAAUUCCUGCUGAUCAUGAUUGUGAACUGGCUUGCAUUUGUUGUGAUUGUUCAAACAGACAGCGUGAUGCCUGCAAUCCACUCACUGGAGAAAUUCAUCACGGCUUCAACUGGAAUUGCCAACUUACCAGACCAUGUGUGUGUCGUUUAUGUCGACCACAUUGCUGUGAUGUACUAUGACAGCAAGAGCAGGAUACUGCAAACCAGAAAUAACUGGAUUAGAGAAGCCACAGCAGACGAUGCAGACUUUUGGGAAAGGGAGAGAACCAUCGCCAUGAUUGUUGAGCGUUCGGGCAGAUCUUUGCUGGAAACCGUGAGAAAAACUUUGAACCAAUCUGAAGGUGUCCACUUUGGGCAGGCGAGGUUUGGCUGCGAAUGGGAUGACCAGACCGAUGCUCUCGAUGCUUGGGAAAAGAUUAAAUAUGAGGACGAGCACGUCCUGUUGUUCGACGUGAAUACAUUCACAUGGACCAUAGAGGGCCCGCAGGGUCUCGCCAUCAGACACAAGUUUGUCUUGAACGAGAUUGAAAGAGACAUCCGUCAGUAUUUCUACAUGGAGGAUUGUCCUUCUUUGUUGAAGAAGCUGGUGAACGACGGGCGGAGUGUCCUCAUGAGAACAGAGCUUCCCAAGGUGUCUCUUCUUCAGAAGAUGCCGUCCUCUCCGGUCACCUGCCACGCGACAGGUUUCUACCCAGACGUGGCCGACCUUUUCUGGAGGAAAGACGGUGAGCAGCUCCACGAGGAUGUGGAUUAUGGCCAAACUCUGCCCAACCACGACGGAACCUUCCAGAUGAUGGCCAACCUGAAAGUGGAGGUGACGGCUGAAGUGGAGGGCCGGUACGAGUGCGUGUUUCAGCUGGCUGGUGUUCAGGACGAAAUUGUCAUCAAGCUGGAGAGAGGAAACAUCCUGAGCAACGCACGCAUUGAAGAAGAAGAAAAGAAGAGGAGGACUGUUGCCAUCGCCGCCUCGUUGGUAGCCCUCGCUCUGGUGCUCGUCCUCGUGGCCAUUGUCGUCGUCAUCAAGUGUCAUCCACGCAAACCAGACGAUGACGCACCAGCGAGUGCCGGUACAAGACACAGCGGCUGGCGCAACACCAUGACGUUUCAUGGACACGAUCAAGAAUAUAUACCGAUGAGCAGCUAUCCAUGCUAAUCGUCAGCCCACAAUGGCGGUUUCUAUUAUUUGUUCGCCUUAGGCUGUUAGUGCCUUUAUUCAAGAAAAGUUGUUUGUUUAUUUUAAACACACAAAAUGCAAUUCUCUUCAUUUUUUGCAUACCUGUC